AUGGUCUCUUGGGUCAAAGUUAGCAGUGGCCAACGGGUUUAUUCAAAUUUGUUGGUUGUUACAAACGCUAGCCGGAAUGAAGCUGGAGAAUACAGAUGUGAAGUCAGUAAUGAGUGUGGCAAUGCAUCAGAGACAAUAACAAUCGACGUGCAAUGUAAGUUAAAAAGAUUAGAUAUAAUCUUGACUGAAACAAAUUCAGACAGAGUUUACGCCUGAUUUUAAGAAUCUGCAUAACCUCGACAUAACUUGGGUAGAAAAAAACCAAAAAUAUAUAUGUCAAGAAACAAGGAUGAGGUCUGGUGAGAUAGGACUUCCAUAACAAUUAAAUUACCUUUAAUUCUUAAUACUGGUCUUAUCGAAUGGAUUAUGAGAAAAUUAGAAAUUCAUUGUGUUAAGUAAUUUAUACUAAUGACUCAUUUAGGAAGGUGAGGUAACCGGCCUGUGUACGUAAUCUUUUAUGUUACCUUGAUCACUUUUGCAUGACAGGUGGGGUAAACCGCCUGAGCGGUUGGCCUGCGCUGCAGAGUAGGGUAACGCUGUCAGGCAGGGUGGCAAUUUGACAUGUAAACGUCUCAAACUGAAGUUACUGGCCCAGAUGGGGUGGCCUAAAACCUCUCCCCUAGAUCCCAGGGCUGUAAGAUUGCUGGUAAACGCGGGCUUUUUUUUAAACCACAGUUAGGGCGGGUUACCUCACCUACUGGGGGUCUCCCACCUUCGUUUAAACAAGCUCUUAAGGUAUCUGAAUAAAGGGGUAAGUCUCUAAAGAAACUGUGGUGCUGCGUCGGUGGGAGAGUAUAGCAGGUAAUUUAGUGUUAACAACUGGGUUGAAAACGUAAAUUAGCCACCGUAAAGGGUAAAAAAGCUGACGUUUCGAGCGUUAGCCCUUCGUCAAAGCGAUAGGCUCAAUCGUGAUGCGUCAAUCGCUCUGACGAAGGGCUAACGCUCGAAACGUCAGCUUUUUUACCCUUUACGGUGGCUAAUUUACGUUUUCAAUCCAGUUGUUAACACUAAAUUACCUCUUAAGGUAUCUGUUGAGUUUCCUAUCAACGCUGAAGCAAUUUGUUUAUGUUGUUUCUAUAGACCCUCCGAUAAACGUUCAUUUGUCGGCAAGUAAGUCCGUUGUCUGUGAGAAUGAGACCAUAACCUUCAAAUGUUCAUCCCAUGGAAAUCCAGCUGUAGAUGACUAUGAAUUGUAUGAAAAUGACACUCUCGUAAAUAAUGUUAGCAGUUCCGGUGUAUGGAAGAGGAAGAUGCUCCGUUGGGGAAUAUUUCUUUAUCAAUGUGUGGUCAAGAACGCCAUAGGUACUGGCAACAGCACGGAAGUUGUUGUUAAUGCGAACUGUAAGUAACUGUGUGAUGUCUGUGAUUUAGAAAGACACUUUUAAACCCAAGUUUUAGCGACAGGCAAGGAAAUGAAGCCGUUCUGACGAGUUAUAGAUUGACCGAAUGACUCGUGAACAUACCAAAGAAGUUAAAGAGGGUAAGACACAUUACUUACACACACUGGAUAGGUAAACUUGUGGCCAUCUCUUACAGAACAACACACUUAACAGGGUUUGAAAAAAAAAAAAAUAAAUAAAGUAAUGAUAAUUUGAUAAAUAAAUAAUAAAUUUCUAACGAAAAAUAAGGGUAGUAAUAGAGAUUUAAGGUAUCUUAAAAUGAUUCUCUAAUUAAUGAUUAAAAAAAAGUGAUAACAUACAUCUUUAAAUUAUUAGAAUAAUUCUUUUGACAUACUAACUCCAUGUUUAGGCCGUGAGAGGCACUUGAAGACUUCAUCUCACGAGCACUAAAAGUACAACGGGUCAUUCCACAUUUCGAUGAGCCGCUGAAAAUGAGUGGCUCGACCUUCCAAAAGAAUGCAACCUUAGAGAACUUUUAAAGCAAUACUCUUAAUUAUCUACUCGACGUAUAGAUAAGAUCAGAGUAAUACACUAUACUUGAAUUACCUUAGCUAAUCUGAAACGCGUUCAUUGGCCUUUGAAAUCGUCAAUUAUUAUCUGCUAUUUGUUAAUUUGUGUUUACUACCUAGACAUAACAAUGCAUCCUUUACCUCUUCUAUUUAAUAACAGUGCCUGCGUCUAUACAGUCAAUACAAAACAGAACAUUAACCAAAGGAAACAGUAUUACUUUGCCGUGUAUAGCAACAGGGAUUCCUCCACCCAUGGUCUCUUGGGUCAAAGUUAGCAGUGGCCAACGGGUUUAUUCAAAUGUGUUGGUGGUUACAAAUGCUAGCCGGAAUGAAGCUGGAGAAUACAGAUGUGAAGUCAGUAAUGGGUGUGGCAAUGCAUCAGAGACAAUAACAAUCGACGUGCAAUGUAAGUUGGAAGGAUUAGAUAUAACCCUGACUGAAACAAAUUCAGACAAAGUUUGUGCCUGUUUUUCAGAAUCUGCAGAAUCUAAAUAAUCUCAACAUAACUUGGGUAGAAAAAACUCCAGAUAUAUGUAUGCUAAAAAGCAAGGAUGAGAUCUGGUGGCAUAGGACCACUAUCAUAGUGUAAAUACCUUUAAUUAUUAAUACUUGUCUUAUCGAAUGGAUCAUGAGAAAAUUAGAAAUACAUUAUGUUAAGUAACUUAGGUUAACGAGAAUUAUUUGGGGUCUCUUUAUGUGGAGAUGGGGAACCCCGGGUACGUGAGGUAGCCGGUCUAUCUUUAUAAUCUAUUAUGUUAUUUUGAUCACGUUAACAUGACAAGUGGAGUAACCCACCAGAGCGGAUUGCCUGCUUUACUGAGUGCGGUACCACAGUCAGCCACGGUCGCAAUUUGCCAUGUAAGUAGCUCACCUAGACGGGGUUGCCUUCAUGUUAUAUCAUUGCCAGCGCACCAGCAACCUCACCCCUAAAUUGCAGGUAAACGUGCACUAUUUUUCAAAGCCGGAAUGAAGCUGGAGAAUACAGAUGUGAAGUCAGUAAUGAGUGUGGCAAUGCAUCAGAGACAAUAACAAUCGACGUGCAAUGUAAGUUGGAAGGAUUAUGUAUAACCUCGACUGAAACAAAUUCAGACAAAGUUUGUGCCCGUUUUUCAGAAUCUGCAUACCUCAACAUAAAUGGGGCAGAAAAAACCAAAAAUAUAUAUGUCAAGAAAACAAGGAUGAGGUCUGGUGAGAUAGGACUUCCAUAAUAGUGUAAAUACCUUUAAUUAUUAAUACUUGUCUUAUCGAAUGGAUCAUGAGAAAAUUAGAAAUACAUUAUGUCAAGUAAUUUAUAACAAUGACUCAUUUAGGCCUCUUUAUGUGGAGGUGGGAGACCUCAGUUAGGUGAGGUAAUUAGCCUGUCCAUAUAAUCUGUUUGUUAUCUUGAUCACGUUAGCAUAAUAAUUGGGGUAACCCAUCAGAGCGGAUUUCCUGCUCUCCAAAGUAGGGUAAUUCUGUCAGCCAGGUUCGCAAUUUGCCGCAGCAGUUUGUUUGUGUUGUUUCCAUAGACUCUCCCAUAAAUGUUCAUUUGUCGGCAAGUAAGUCUGUUGCCUGUGAGAAUGAGACCAUAAUCUUCAAAUGCUCAUCCCAUGGAAAUCCAGCUGUAGAUGAGUAUGAAUUGUAUGAAAAUGACACUCUCGUAAAUGAUGUUAGCAGCUCCGGUGUAUGGAAGAGGAAGAUGCUCCGUUGGGGAAUGUUUCUUUAUCAAUGUGUAGUCAAGAACGCCAUAGGUACUGGCAACAGCACGGAAGUUGUUGUUUAUGUGAACUGUAAGUAACUGAUGUGAUGUCUGUGAUUUAGAAAGACGCAACUUUUUGAACUUAAGUUUUAGAAACAAGUUAGAACAUGGAGUUUGUCCGACAGUUUAUUGAUUGAAGGACUAAUGGACGCAGGUAAGCACAAUUUUUCUGAUUGUCUGAAGACACAAUUAUGUGUACAAAGGCGACCAUGGUUUUGAAACUUGUUCUUUACUGACAUUAUUGAAUUAAUUUUUCGUCAACACGUUCAAGGCCACAAAGGUCCGCUGUUAUGCCACGCUUUGUUCUAUGCAAAGGUCAAGCAUUUGUUAAUGGAUGAUAAUUUUAUGGCUUAUAAAGACCCAAUGUAGUUAUGUUUGUGGCGUUGGACCUCAUCCUCUAGCCUUACUACUAACCAUUUUAUUAUCUCGUUCGAUCACAGCCACCUCCCACAAGUGUAGCAAACUUGUAAAUUCAUUCUAUUUGUAUGUUAAUUGAAAGUCAUUAUGGUAAAACUGUUAUGCUGAUGAGUUCCAAAUAUUAAAAAAAAAUCUGCAGUAAGGCCCUGAGCAACACUCAAGGACUUCACUUCCCUAAAACUAAAACAGAUUUGGGCCUCGCCGCGAGAAAGGAAUUUAACGAACUCUCUAAGAGCCCCACACCUGAGAAAUUUUAGAACUAAAUGUUUUUAAGGCGCAAUAGGAAUGACUUAUGGUUGUUUCGUAACAGUUCAUUCACCUAUACUACCGAUACAAGACAACACAGUCCGCGAAGGAGGAAGUGUUACCCUGUUGUGCCAAGCAGUAGCUGUACCUCCACCAGUGAUAACUUGGAUCUACCCUGGUGGUCAGCGUAUUAAAAAAAGAACGUUAGCAAUAAAGAACAUUAGCAGAAGUGAUUCAGGAAGAUACAGUUGUGAAUCCACUAAUGUGUGCGGCAAUGAUUCCUUGACAUUAACCAUAGCGGUACAAUGUAAGUUAUGUACAAUCACUGUUUAUUUACCUGAGUUACCCGGUUGAAGAUUUAAGUACUAUUGAUUGCUUCUUUUCUCGGAGAAUCAUGUAGGAAUUCUGAAUAUUGAUUAUUGGCUUCUGAUUUGCUUUUUAAGAUGGACCUGAAAGUGUUCAACUAAAGACGAGUAAGGCAGGAGUAUGUAAAGAUGAUAUUGUACAGUUUGAUUGCUCAGCUGACAGUAUACCCGCGGUGCAUUCCUACCAACUGUUCGAGAAUGGCUCCCUUACGGAUUACGUCAGCAGUUCUGGAGUAUGGAGGAUAAGAAUGUCAAGUGAGGGAGUGUUAAGAUACACAUGUGCGGCGAACAAUGGUAUAAGGACUGGCUUUAGCGCCGGCAUACCUGUUUUAGUCUAUAGUAAGUAGUCAUUUUGGCCACCUGUCAUUCUAUAGUGAGAGAAGUAGGAAGGAUAUCUAUUUAACCCAUAGUUAGAGCUAUUAUAGACGUAAGAGAUUUCUAUACUACUUCGGUGUAUUUCUGUGUUCCAAAAGGGCUAAAAAUAACCAAAAUUUCAUAGACGUAAUUCAUCCCGAUAGAGGUCUACCUAAAUGUUUUUCAAAGAGUACGAAGGGAAGAAACACGAAAAAAGACUGUAAAACAUGAGCCGGGGAGUUUAUUGGUGCAAUAAACGAUACGUUUUUGACCAAUUGGUGCGCUCUUAGCAUCUCAUUUGUUUCAUAAUUCAUAACAGACUGAUCAUAGGUAUGCAAAUUUCGCUAAAGUCAUGUUAAUGGAGCACAGUAGUAUAUUUAUUUAUCUAUCAUUAACCGAGCUUCGAUGGUCUGUAUGGGUGAAUCUUGACCUUCCGUUAAGUUUCUAAAAUUAUCUAUGCAACAAGAAACAUUUCUUCUUUUUCAUUAACAGUGACCUCAUCCAUUGAAGAAAUGCAGGACAAUACGUUAAUCGAAGGGACCUCUUUCAACCUGUCAUGCCAAGCAACUGGGAUCCCUGCACCAACUGUCGUUUGGAUUAAAGACAGCAGUGGUAAAAAAACUAAUGGAAACGUACUUUUUUUCUCAAAAAUCAGCAUCAGGGACGCUGGAAAAUAUACCUGUGAAGCGAGCAAUCUAUGUGGUAAUGCAUCAGAAAAAACCACCAUUGAUGUCAAAGGUACGAUGUAUUAGAUAUUUUUAUGCCACCUCGUUAUCCUAGUUAAUAGGGCGGCAACCAGCAACCAAGUGGAGGAAUGCAGAAUGUACACAGAGCUCUAGGCCAUAAGCGGUAAAAAUUUUACUUUUUGAAACACCUAAUCCAACACUUUGGUGAGUGUAUGUAACCAUAUGAGCAAGAUGGUAUUCGUAUACGAUUGAUUGCAAGGUAUACACUUGAAUUCUUUAAGAGAAAGGCAAAAUUCUUUUCAACGAAAAACAUCAACGAAGUCAACCGUGAAAGCGGCCGUUAAAAAAACAGCUGCCUUUUUCAACACAUCUGGUUUUCAUUGAACUUAGAGUCAAUUUCCGCAUAGGUCCACAUGUAUACCGAAUAUAACUUAACACAUGUCCUCCAGUGACGUAUGUGACCGGGAGUCUAAUAAAUGAAAUUCUGUUGCGAAGAAAAAAUAUUUGACAUCCUAAGUGUUGGGGUGAAACGCCUGCAAAACAUUGAAAACAGGCUUCAUAUAUUUCAUAGUCAAAAUGUAUAGCUCCAAGAAGACCAGUUUUAUUUAACAAUUUGUUCAUACUUAGCGAGGCAUGGAUGCACGUGGGGGGUUUGGAGAACACCAGAGGAGUGUAAACGUUGCUUUAGGCUCAGGCGAGUGCUCUUUAAAUUUUCCUUGUGCACCCAUACUUAAAUAUACGUACAGCUUAAAGUAUGAUCUGUAGCUCAAUAUAGUAAUUAUUUUCUGGUCCCGACACGUACGUGAACUCACUGAGUUGUUUGUGAUGAACUGAUCGACUUUUAGAUUAUUUAACCAACGAGCUGAUGAUAUGAGGGCUUUGCUUCUGUUGAAAUGAAUCUCAAAUUUACUCCAAAUUAGUUCCUGUUCCUAGUCCUGUUCCAUCUGAACCAACGAAAGUUAAUAAAGAUGCUAUUUAUGGCUCAGUCAUUGGAGUCCUUGCUUUGGUGUUUGCAGUUUUUAUAAUUUUCAAAUCUUGGAAACACUGGAAACGUAAGUAGAAAUGCUAAUUUUAAUGGAACAUACCUAGGGUUAGAGACUCUCAGAAGGGAUGUUUACUCGUCCGAGCUAGAUUAAAUUCACAGGAAAGAAAGCGGAAAAGGGGGUUGAGAAAGAAACAAAGAAAAAAAUAAGAAAUAGAAAGAAUGUCAAAUCUCCUGACAUAGUGCUUCCUUUGAAUUUAUGUUGACACCUUAAAUUUCAAUGAACAUAGAUUGCAGGUGAUUGUUUACAAAAAAAGUGUCCAUUCAUAGCAAGCAUAUGGAUGGAAUGAGGAAAUUAUAACCAGCAAUUGAUAGAUGCAGCCGCUCUCUGACUUAUUUCUUUAUUUUUUGCUUGCAAUUUUCAGGUCAAAACAGAGAUCGGUAAGAUAAAGUUACUUAAGUUGAAUAUCUGGCUAGUAGAUAGGAAACAGGGAAGAUAUAAUUAUCUGUCUGUUCAAUGACCCUGAAAGGGGGUUUGCAAGUUGCACUCUUACAGCAGUGGAGGCUUUUCCUAAAUACACCCAAAUAUUGGUAAGUAGUCAACAGUCAGCAGAUAAUUAUCAGCCUCGUUCGAUGGCCUUGAGGGAGUUUUUUUACAGACAUGAUGUUGACUCCUUAAUACACCCAAAAUUUGCAGUGGCCUACAGCGAGCAGGUCAUCGAUAUAAAAAAUAAUAUAUUUUUAUAGGUAUAUACCUGCCUAGAUUAGCAAAGACAUGUGUGCUGUCUUAUAAGAUUAACAGUCUGGUUCGAGACCUGCCACAGCUCAGCUAAUGAGUAAACAUUCUAUAGUUGGAAGGUUGUUUUGAGUCCAAAGCAGGGGGGUUGGGAGGGCUUUUAAACACCCGCUGGCAAGAGUUUCGCUUAGGGUUAGGGUUGAAGGGGACGGCAACCUGGCCGAUGAGAACGGCGUGGGGUUCAUGUCUAGGCCAGCAGGUGGGAAGGGUAAGUUUUGGAUUCUCAAGUCCAUCUUAGUUUGCUAGUAGCUUAGAAGGAACUUUUUUAGCUUACAGUAGAAUCCCGCUGACUCGAGCCCGUACAACUCGAACUCCCAAUUAAUUUGAAAUCAUUUGACUCUCUCUGGGUUCCAACCCUGGAGGGUUGAGGGUGGUUUAAUUUCAAAAGGAUCGGAUUGAGGAGUGGGGUCUGUUGACAUUGCAAACACCACCUUGCUGGGGUUACAGCUUGAGGGUUGAAACUGCAGCCCCUCCCAAUCCCGCUCCUUUGAAAUAUCAAUCACCCUUCAGCCACAGGGAGUUCAUCUACUAACUGAGCUGUGGCAGGGCCUGAGCCCAACUUUCAAUCAUGCAAGACGACAGUCAAUUUUGCAAAAUCAGGCUGACAUACAUAUUUAAAUAAGUUUGUCGAUAGAACGAAUACGCUUCAGUUGUUUAAAACUUGUAUUCUUCGUUUCUUAUUGUUCGUGUUGUUUCUUAAAAUUAUCACACGUGGUCAAAGUUAGGUAACAGCGAUGUUAACACACAAUCUUAGUGAGGCACGUAUGGCAUUGUUACCAAACCAAAUUUCGUCUUGCUGCCGGCUGAGCACGACUAAUAAGAUUUUUGGUUAGUCAGUUCUAGCUUGAAGAAAAGAUCCCUAAAUCUGAAGUAUUCCUAACUGCUAUUUCCGAUGUUUGAUUUCCUUUCAGACCGCAUGUGGUCCAUCGGGAACUAUUCCGGCCUCAAAUUGUAAGUAAGAUAAGCAGCCAAGUUUUAGCUACUCACGCAAGAUCCUCUGCCACUAAUCCACAAACGCAUCUAUGACUAUACGACUAUCCAAAUGCCGGUAUAAAGUUAAAAAAUUCCCCAUAAAAUAUUAUGAGACUACAAAAUAAAGGCAAAACAUCUUCUUCGUAAUCCCUCAGUUGUUUAAGGGAGAUGUCAGGGUCUUGCUAUGUGCGGUAUACUUUUCUUUUAAAUUACAGAACGAGGCACUUGAACUCGAAACCAGCAUAUCUGAUGAUGUCUUGCAUCGCGACUCAGGACUUGACAUGCCCUUGAGUGAAAUAAGAUUAGAGGAAAGGGAGCAUACAGAACCAACGCAGAGUAAUUUAGAAAUGAAUGAAUACGCACCACUUAAUCCGGGAACCCGCUCAUGGGAAGUGGAAAGAGAAAAUGUAAUCAUUGAGAAGGUCAUCGGAGGUGGUGCGUUCGGUCAAGUCGCUCGGGGAACUGCUACUAACUUGCCAGGAAGAGAGGGAAGAAUAACGGUGGCCAUAAAAAUGCUACGAGGUAUUCUACUUGCACCAACAUUCGUUUAGUUCUCAAAACUAAAGCACGUUUUGUCAUAGAUUUAAACACAUAUCAUAUUUCUGAAAUGCUUACUUAAUUUUAUGAAGGUCUUUUUGGUUUGCAUAAAAAACUAGAUGACAAUGCAGUCGCAGAAAGAAACGAUUUGCUGUCAGAGCUCGAAGUUCUGAAGAAACUCAAACCUCAUCCUCACGUUAUCAAACUGCUGGGAUGCGUCACUGUAUCAGGUAAAUAGAUUCACGAAUCAGUUACAUUGCACAAAAUUUUAGAUCCAACCAAUGGCAUACGAAAGGAAAUAAUGUUUUCAAAUGUUUGGUCUCAAAAUGCUCUUUUAUCUUUUGAAAUCAUCUUACUGCCAUGCCCCAAAAAUUUUUACAGAUUCAUUUAAUCUUAUUUUGGUAUGAUGCCGCAGCUUCACCGUUACUCACCGUUUUCUUGCUCUUUCGAUACGCAAACCUCUCUUCAUUGGUUAUCUCAACGGCGUAGAUCUGUACUGAGGAUGAUACACAUGAACCUUGUAUAGGAUCUUAUUGGCUACUAGCUCGCUGGCAUUCCAUUUUGAUCUAAGUGCGAAGGGUAUUGAAGCAGAGUGAUUUUUUUCUUUGUCCGGUCCUUGUAACAACUAUGUUUCUUUAUUUAGGUAUCUUAUUAACAAUUUCUCUUCCUUUAGCUUAACUAGUUGUUUUUGUCCAAUACAUUUGAACGGAUGAAUAUCACUCAUUUUAAAGGGAAGUCCUUUUGUUUUCGUACUAAUUUAUUGUACUAUAAGAAUAAUAUGUUCUUAAUCUUUUACAGAUCCUUUGCUUGUAAUCAUCGAGCAUAUCCCCUAUGGAGAUCUUUUGGGUUAUUUAAAAAGGAGCCGAAAUGUCGACGAUGAUUACUACAACGACCCGGAUGUUAGGCCACAGACGAGUUUGACUUCUCUGCAGUUGAUGAAGUUUUCUUGGCAAGUAGCUGAUGGCAUGAAAUAUUUGUCGUCUAAGAAGGUAAUCUUCUUUAAACAGAUGAUAUCAGAUUCUUUUCCUACCUAAGAAACUUAGAAAAUGUAUUCUGUUAGUAAUAAUUUUCUCUCUAACAGAGAAAAUUAUUACUGUGUGAGGUUCUCCAAUACUGCGGUUACCUUAGAAACAUGCGAAAAAGCAGAUACAAAAACAAAACUGUAGGGCUGAACGUCACAGUUAUGCGGGUGAGUUGCUUGCAUAUUCAUAUGGCGUGUGAAGUAAAGUUUAUAGUGAUGUAUAUUGAAGUGUAAUAAGGUGUGGUUUAACGUAGCGAUGAUUCAAUUUACCAAAGUAAGAUUUGGAUCAAAAUUGCUUGAUUUGCUGCAUUCAAGUGUAGCGAAAAAUGUUAUGUAUGACGUCUUCCGGCUAUAUUUAUCCCGCAAUUAUGAUAUCAUAAAUUUGAAGUUAUAGUAUCUUGAUGACAAUUGAUCUUACCCCUUGAGAAAGUUUAAAAAACGCAAACAAUUAAUUAAAAAAAGAUAGGUUUAGAACGUGUUAAAAAAAAAGAAAUUAAGAAAAAAAACAAUCACUCCGCUUUGUUACACAUCUGCAGAACCUAACUCUGAGGUAGAUUUCAAGGGUGAAGUAAUGAUGAGUUGUGCUUUGCAUUAUGUUUGAAAGAUUAUCCAUCGCGACCUUGCAGCCCGCAAUGUCUUGGUUGGUGAGCGAGAGAAAUGUAAAGUGACCGACUUUGGAAUGGCUCGAGACGUUGGCCAUGAAGGUGCCUACCAAUGGAAAACAGAGGUAUCUGGAAAUCUAAUUUCAUGGCAAUACUCAAAAUGAUUUUACAACCUUGCUCUUUUCUUCGACAUAUUUUCUCACAAAUUUUCUUGUAAUCUACUACAAAUUAAAGCGAAGAGUGCCGACGAAGUGGACGGCUUUUGAAGCACUCCAGUAUGGACAAUAUACCACGAAAAGUGAUGUGUAAGUAGUAAACUGUCUUAUACGCUUGUCUUAUAUCUUUUGUAUGCGUUGAGACAAUGUUAGCAUAUCAUUACCCAUGAACAAUUUCUUAUUUGGUUUGUUUUCUCUAAUUUAGGUGGAGUUUUGGAAUUGUGCUUUACGAAAUCUUCACGAUAGGUUUGUGAGUUUGCUCGAAGAGAAAUCGCUCUUGGUCAUCCCUUUAAGAUCAAAGUUAAGAAAAUUUAAUUUAUUGAGUUUUCUUAUGUAAACUGUCGCUGAUAGGUUUUCUUUUUAAAUUUACGAAGAGAGAAGAAAGAGAGGUUAAUUUCUUACAUUCGCUGAUGGAAAAAAAGGACGUUGCAGACAGACUCCUUUCAAAUUCCUAACCUAACAUGCAUUGUUCAAGUCAAAAAUAUGACUGGCCAAAGCCGUAAACGUCUCGUUUUAAACUACAAGAUCGUCACAUUAAAAGUUAAGAAAACUGAUCAAAUUAAUUUAAUGUUUAACUUCUUCACUUAAGGUGGCUCGCCUUAUCCAUCUUUUAAUGGGCAACAGGUGAUACAACUACUUCGACAGGGUUACAGAAUGCCAAGGCCACGACACGUGGAUAAUGCUUUGUAAGUAGCUGGUUAUGAAUUUGAAUCUCCUGAUUAUUUAAAUUAUUGUUCAUCCUUGAGUUAUUCACGUGGUAAUAAUAUACUUUUUCUCGCUCUUCAUGAUCGAUAAACUUUCAACGGUAAAAAAAAAAUAAAAUCCUCCUUUACAAUAGAUCAUCAACAGCAAAGAAAGAUAUUUAAAAUAUAAUGGAGUAAAUCGAGAACCUUUCAACCUCAUGAAACCUUUAAUCCUAAUUUGUAGGUACAAAAUCAUGCAAGACUGCUGGCGAGAGAAUCCCGAUGAUCGUCCAACCUUUGAGAAUCUUAGGAAAGAUUUGAAGGAAAUGGAAAAUCAACAUCAGGUGAAAUAAAAAGCAAAUGAUAUGGUAAUUCAAAUGCUUUGGGUUUGUUUGGUUGAUUUUCGUCUUCUUUUUUUUUUCUGGCAGAGGCUUAUUAAUAUGCAGUUCUGCGACAACAAGCUCUACGAGAAUUUGGAUUGAGUUAUCUCUCAAAAAAGACUCGGUAGCAUAUCCAGCUAUGAAUGUGGAAGAUUUUUGAGAGUGAGAACGGAUUAAGGAAUUGACAAUUACUAUUUUUCAUUUAUUAAGUAUAUGCUAUAUCUAAUGGUUCUUAGGACUACGGUUAAAAAUUUUGGCCAUUUUACAGCUAACGGUUAAUUUUUUUCCCUCGCGAUAGAAAAAAAAAUUUCUUACGGUUAGCUUUUUUAACGACUAACGGUUAAAAUUUGACAAUUUAGCGGCUAAUUUGUAUUUGCCAUUUUAUGACUCACGGCAAACCCCACUGAGACCAUCAAAUUUAUUUUAGACCGACUAUGUUAUUUCUCUAUGUUCAUACUUCAGCUUAAAGUUACAUUGAAGCUAUCUUUUCUUUCUUUAUAUCAAAAUACCAGGUCCCAUCGAUUUCAUUACCUAUUUACCCGAGUAUUUACCCUUAAGAGUCUAAAGCUUAAUUAAAAAGUAAUGAAUAUCUCAAUAUGAACAAUACAACAAAAGUGUUAGUGUUAACUGACAGUGUAGGAAAAAUACAAAGGAUAUUUUAGUCCUGUCAAGUCUACAGCCUGAAUUUGAUUCACUCUCAUUUUUACUCUAAAAAGAUAAGUUUCAACUUAAGAUGUAGAGGUUUGUUGUAUCCAUAUGAGGCUAAUAGUCAUUUCAUACGUGAGACACCGGUCGAAGUUAAAUGGUGCCACUAUUUUUCUCAUUAGGAGCCUGUAUGGUCACGCUCACGCUUUCAUUAAAAAGGACAUUAAACGACAAUCCUUAUUUUAUGACGGUACGCGUUGGCGUUUGCAGGGCCAGGAAAAAAAGCCGCACGGCCCCGUGAGAUGUCAGAUAAAAAUAAUAAAAAGUAGGAAAGAAAAGAAAGAACGAAAGAAAUAUGAUUGACUGCGCAAGGUUGGGGAUAGAGCUUUAAUUUGGAUAGAAAAAAAAAUGAAACAGAAUUUGGGUCAGUAACACAAGAUUGCUAUGUAAUAUGACCUCAUGAAUGAAAGUGAUCCUCGCAGUGAUGUGCACUACUUAGGCAGUAGUGAAAAUAAGGCCUGAAAAAAAGUUCAGGCCUGUACGGGAUUUGAACCCAUGACCUCUGCGAUACCGGUGCAGCGCUCUACCAACUGAGCUAACAAGCCAACUGGGAGCUGGUCAUGAUGGUGGUUCUAAUAAGACCUCAAUGGGCCGUUUAGUUAUAUUCAUUAAUAAUAAUUUUCCUCCACACCGUCUGUUCAACACCAAGUUUCAAACACCCAGAAUGUGACACUGCAUGUCGGAGUUCAAUGCAGAGGUGAUGUAAACAAUUUUCAGUGCCAUAGUAAAGCCAAUUUUCAAUGCCAUCGACCAUCCAGCUUUAUGCGCAGUAACUAAUGUGCUAAAGAAAGGCAAAUGUGUUAUGA